AUGAAUUUCUUUUCUUCGAGUUUUAAUGCUGAAAUGGUUUUAAAUGAUCCCAGACCGUCCUUCGAUGAAUCCAAAAAUUUUGAAUCAGUUGAUGAGUUUGAACAACACUUAUGGAACACGAAUAUUGCACUUGUCACACAGUUGCAAAAGCUGGAACUUCGGGAAGAUAUAGAGAAGAAAUCAUUAAAUGGAUUGUCCAGGGAAGCUCGGCUAUCACAAAUGUGUGCACAAAAAGGGAGAGACUUAACUGAACCUGUUCAGGAGUUAAUGGGAAGCCUCAAUAAGAGAUGGAAUGGUAAUUUAUCUCAAACAGAUCAGAAGGGACCAAUGAAACGUUUAGAAGAGUGCGUGGAACAGGGACAUCCAGUAUGCAUUAGUUUGCGGGGGCGGAAUCGCGUGAACUCUUCUAUCCAGGCAAAAGUUGUUGCAUUUGAUAAGCACUGGAAUCUGUUGAUAAGAGACGGUGAUGAGAAUUUCAAGCCACCAAUAAGGAUGAAGCAUCGAGUCACCAAAAGUAUGCAGAUAACAGCGCCACACCAGUAUUUUGAAAGCCAGUGCGAGGACAGGGAAGGCAAAACAAAAACACAAUGGCGACGUCACCUACCAUUUUCUCUGAUACGUGGGGACGACGUUGUCCUAAUUUUCGUUUCUCCGCAAUUGUCUAUUGAACGUUUCUUACGGGAUGAUCAGCAAAGAAUUAACGGGACAACGAUUCACGUAUCAGAUUCCAGAAAGCCUUUUCGUCUUUUGCAAGAUAAUUUCAAUAAAUAA